AUUAAGCGGACCACAAUACAUGUGCUUUUGCCUAUAGUUUUACCAACAUAGUAUACUUAAUGUUUUCAUUAGUAAUCUCUUUCUUUUUCUGUGUGUGUGUGUGUGUGUGUUGAUCUUUCUUCUUCACCAUUCGUAUCAAUUUGAAUUCUAAAGAUUCUCCACCCAUUAAUUUACUUAUCAAACCCUCUCUACCUACCUUAGCCCUCCCGCUACUAUAAAUUCAUUACACCAUCUUGCUUCUCAUUUCAAACCCAAGAAACAAGACAGGGAACACCACCACCACUGCUGCUACUGCUUCUACUUCUUCACUAGCCUGCUCUCGAUCUUUUCUUGCUUUCUUGCUUUCUUCUUUCUUUAAAGCAAGAAAACCAUCAUCUUCACCGACUGUUAUCAUGGGUGGCAACAGCAGACAAAACGGCAAGAAGUCUGUUUUCUCUGCCUUCAACUUCUUCAAGAGAAAGCCCAGAAGGGUAGAGGAUUAUAGCUAUGAUGAUGUCUCAAGUGCAAGAAGGGUUUUUCCUAGUGAUGAAGAUGGUAGAGGUUUUUGGCGAGUUGCUGAUCCUUGUAUUGAUACUAAAACUUCAGCUUUCAUUGCCCAUUUUCAUUCAACUCGUUUCUCAGAACCCGACCGCCAAAUUUAUCAGCCUGCAGCAAAGGCUUAAUGAUUUUGUCAGAAUCAAUUCUUUUGGAAUUCUUCUGAUGAAUGAAAGAUGUUUAUGUCAUGUGGCCUCCUGUAGUGUUCAUAUAUGUUAAUUGUUUAAUAAUGUUGUAACUAUGUCGAUUGUGAAUCCUAAUGAAUAAAAACUAAUAUCAAGAUUUGUUUCAAUCA